CAACGCAGUCACCGUCCCACGGCCUCAGAGAGCGAACCGCGGCUCUACCGUCGGCGGGGCGACCCCCCCCUCCGGACCCCGCCCGCACCCCGCCCCCCCUCCGCCGCCGUCGCGGCGGCGGGGCCAGGCGGCCCGAGCCGUGCAGUCGGAGGUCCUUGUGCAUGAAGACAAAUUUGUUCUAUGGCCUCGGAGUUGGGUGCCAGGGAUGAUGGAGGCUGCACUGAGCUGGCAAAGCCCCUCUAUCUUCAGUACUUGGAGAGGGCCCUCCGGUUGGACCAUUUUCUGCGACAAACGUCAGCCAUCUUCAAUAGGAAUAUUUCUAGUGAUGACAGUGAAGAUGGACUGGAUGACAGUAAUCCCUUAUUGCCCCAGUCUGGGGAUCCCUUAAUACAAGUUAAGGAAGAACCUCCAAAUUCAUUGCUUGGUGAAACUUCUGGAGCAGGCAGUUCUGGAAUGUUAAACACAUAUUCUCUGAAUGGAGUUCUACAGUCAGAAUCAAAAUGUGAUAAGGGGAAUUUAUAUAAUUUCUCUAAGCUGAAGAAAAGCAGAAAGUGGCUAAAGAGCAUUCUGCUAAGUGAUGAAUCCAGCGAGGCUGAUUCUCAGAGUGAAGAUGGUGAUGAAGAAGAACUCAAUCUUAGCAGAGAAGAACUUCACAACAUGCUUCGACUACACAAAUAUAAGAAACUUCAUCAAAAUAAGUAUAGUAAAGACAAGGAGUUGCAGCAAUAUCAGUACUACAGUGCAGGCCUGCUCUCCACAUAUGACCCUUUCUAUGAGCAACAACGGCAUCUACUUGGACCCAAGAAAAAGAAAUUUAAGGAGGAAAAGAAACUUAAAGCUAAGUUGAAAAAAGUGAAGAAAAAAAGACGAAGAGAUGAAGAACUUUCCUCUGAAGAAUCCCCUCGUCGCCAUCACCACCAGACCAAAGUCUUUGCCAAGUUUUCUCACGAUGCACCUCCCCCUGGCACUAAGAAAAAGCACUUAUCCAUUGAGCAGCUGAAUGCUCGUCGCAGGAAAGUAUGGCUCAGCAUUGUGAAAAAGGAACUACCAAAGGCAAAUAAGCAGAAAGCUUCAGCUCGUAACCUGUUUCUCACCAAUAGCCGAAAGCUUGCUCACCAGUGCAUGAAGGAGGUGCGUCGAGCUGCCUUGCAGGCCCAGAAGAACUGUAAGGAAACCUUGCCUCGUGCCCGCCGCCUCACCAAGGAGAUGCUUCUGUACUGGAAGAAAUAUGAGAAAGUGGAGAAGGAGCACCGCAAGAGAGCAGAGAAGGAAGCUUUGGAGCAGCGGAAGUUGGAUGAGGAAAUGCGGGAGGCCAAGAGGCAACAGCGAAAACUCAACUUCUUAAUUACCCAGACAGAGUUGUAUGCCCAUUUCAUGAGUCGCAAACGAGAUAUGGGUCAUGAUGGUAUCCAGGAAGAAAUCCUAAGGAAACUAGAAGACAGUUCUACCCAGAGACAAAUCGAUAUAGGUGGAGGAGUGGUAGUUAACAUCACACAGGAAGAUUAUGAUAGUAACCAUUUUAAAGCCCAGGCCCUGAAGAAUGCUGAAAAUGCUUACCAUAUUCACCAAGCUCGGACAAGGUCAUUUGAUGAAGAUGCAAAAGAAAGUCGAGCAGCUGCCCUACGGGCAGCAAACAAGUCUGGCACUGGGUUUGGGGAGAGUUAUAGCCUGGCUAACCCAUCUAUCCGGGCUGGUGAGGAUAUUCCACAGCCCACAAUUUUUAAUGGCAAAUUGAAAGGUUAUCAACUGAAGGGCAUGAAUUGGUUGGCCAAUCUCUAUGAACAGGGUAUUAAUGGCAUUCUUGCUGAUGAAAUGGGCCUUGGUAAAACAGUACAGAGCAUUGCCCUUCUGGCCCAUCUGGCUGAGAGAGAGAACAUUUGGGGACCUUUCUUAAUAAUUUCACCUGCGUCUACACUUAACAAUUGGCACCAGGAGUUUACUAGAUUUGUUCCUAAAUUUAAGGUGCUACCAUAUUGGGGAAAUCCUCAUGAUAGAAAAGUCAUCAGAAGGUUCUGGAGUCAGAAGACCCUCUACACUCAGGAUGCCCCCUUCCAUGUGGUUAUUACCAGCUAUCAGCUGGUGGUGCAGGAUGUAAAGUAUUUCCAGCGGGUCAAGUGGCAAUACAUGGUACUGGAUGAGGCUCAGGCGCUCAAGAGUAGUUCCAGUGUUCGUUGGAAGAUCCUCUUACAGUUCCAGUGUCGGAAUCGUCUUUUGCUAACCGGGACCCCAAUUCAGAACACCAUGGCAGAGCUUUGGGCUCUGCUGCAUUUCAUUAUGCCAACAUUAUUUGAUUCACAUGAGGAAUUUAAUGAAUGGUUUUCCAAGGACAUUGAGAGCCAUGCCGAAAACAAAUCCACUAUUGAUGAGAAUCAACUUUCUCGCUUACACAUGAUUUUGAAGCCAUUUAUGCUGAGGAGAAUCAAGAAAGAUGUGGAAAAUGAAUUAUCUGACAAGAUUGAGAUUCUAAUGUAUUGCCAACUGACCAGCCGACAGAAGCUGUUAUAUCAGGCACUAAAGAACAAAAUUUCCAUUGAGGAUUUAUUGCAGUCUUCUAUGGGCUCUACCCAACAAGCACAGAACACCACCAGCAGCCUCAUGAAUCUGGUUAUGCAGUUUAGGAAGGUGUGUAAUCACCCAGAGUUAUUUGAACGACAAGAAACUUGGUCUCCAUUUCAUAUUUCCCUAAAGCCAUACCACAUUUCAAAGUUUAUCUACCGUCAUGGACAGAUCAGGGUCUUCAAUCAUUCACGAGACAGGUGGUUAAGGGUUCUUUCUCCAUUUGCACCAGACUAUAUCCAACAGUCUCUCUUUCACAGAAAAGGUAUUAAUGAAGAAAGCUGUUUCUCUUUCCUUCGCUUUAUUGAUAUAUCUCCAGCAGAAAUGGCAAACCUUAUGCUUCAGGGACUUUUGGCCAGAUGGUUAGCUCUUUUCCUGUCUCUGAAAGCCUCCUACAGGCUCCAUCAGCUACGCUCCUGGGGAGCACCAGAAGGGGAGAGCCACCAGAGAUAUCUGAGAAACAAGGAUUUCCUUCUUGGGGUUAAUUUUCCACUCUCCUUUCCAAACCUUUGCAGCUGCCCUUUGUUAAAGUCUCUUGUUUUCAGCAGCCACUGUAAAGCAGUGAGUGGCUACUCAGACCAGGUCGUCCAUCAGCGGAGAUCAGCUACCUCCUCGCUGCGUCGCUGCCUGCUCACUGAGCUGCCAUCUUUUUUGUGUGUGGCCAGUCCACGAGUUACCGCAGUGCCAUUGGAUUCUUACUGCAAUGACCGAAGUGCAGAAUAUGAAAGGCGAGUUCUGAAGGAAGGAGGGAGUCUGGCAGCCAAGCAGUGUUUGUUGAAUGGGGCCCCUGAACUGGCUGCAGACUGGCUAAAUAGACGAUCACAGUUCUUCCCAGAGCCAGCUGGAGGUCUGUGGAGCAUCAGGCCUCAGAAUGGCUGGUCUUUCAUCAGGAUUCCAGGCAAGGAGAGCCUCAUCACUGACAGUGGAAAGCUGUAUGCCCUUGAUGUCCUGCUGACUCGGCUCAAGUCUCAAGGGCAUAGGGUCCUUAUCUACUCCCAGAUGACCAGGAUGAUAGACCUGCUGGAGGAAUACAUGGUUUACAGAAAGCAUACCUACAUGAGGCUUGAUGGCUCAUCCAAGAUUUCGGAGAGGCGAGACAUGGUUGCUGAUUUUCAGAACAGGAAUGACAUCUUUGUGUUCCUGUUAAGCACACGAGCUGGAGGACUGGGUAUCAAUCUCACUGCUGCAGACACAGUGAUUUUCUAUGAUAGCGACUGGAACCCCACUGUGGACCAGCAGGCCAUGGACAGGGCCCACCGCUUAGGGCAGACAAAGCAGGUUACCGUGUAUCGGCUCAUCUGUAAAGGCACCAUUGAAGAACGCAUUCUGCAAAGAGCCAAGGAGAAGAGUGAGAUUCAGCGGAUGGUGAUUUCAGGUGGGAACUUCAAACCAGAUACCUUGAAACCCAAAGAGGUGGUUAGUCUUCUUCUAGAUGACGAAGAGUUGGAGAAGAAACUGAGGCUGCGGCAGGAAGAGAAACGGCAACAGGAGGAAACCAACCGAGUGAAAGAGCGCAAGCGGAAGCGGGAAAAGUAUGCGGAGAAGAAGAAAAAGGAAGAUGAAUUGGAUGGGAAAAGGAGAAAAGAGGGUGUGAACCUGGUGAUCCCAUUUGUUCCCUCGGCUGAUAACUCCAACCUCUCUGCUGACGGAGAUGACUCCUUCAUUAGCGUGGACUCAGCCAUGCCAAGCCCCUUCAGUGAGAUCUCCAUCAGCAGUGAGCUGCACACUGGCUCCAUUCCCCUGGACGAGAGCAGCAGUGACAUGCUGGUCAUUGUGGAUGACCCAGCCUCCUCAGCCCCUCAGUCUCGAGCUACCAACUCUCCCGCAUCCAUAACAGGCUCCGUCUCAGAUACCAUGAAUGGAAUUUCCAUUCAGGAAAUGCCAGCUGCAGGACGUGGUCACUCAGCCCGAAGCCGAGGCCGCCCCAAAGGUUCAGGAAGCACAGCCAAAGGAGCAGGGAAGGGCCGGAGCCGAAAGUCCACGGCAGGCAGUGCUGCUGCAAUGGCAGGAGCCAAAGCCGGGGCUGCAGCGGCCUCUGCAGCUGCCUAUGCUGCAUACGGGUACAACGUGUCUAAAGAGUGUCAAGAUGGACAUUUUACCAUCUGUGGAUGAAGUAGUAUGGAGAGGGUUGGGUAGGUAUCGUUUUCUCUUAAAAAUCUGUCCCUCUUACUGAAAAGACAGUUGACAGGAAGAGCAAGCAAACAUACCAAGAAGAAGUUAGCAAGGAGUGGCAGGGAGGAAUUGCCCACCACUUCUCCAGCUCAGACUCUGGUAACCAAGGCCACAGGCUCCAAGGAAGCUCACACGGGACUGGUGCUUACGUUCUUGUCUCUCUCCGUCCCCACAGGAAUCUCCGCCAGCAGUCCUCUGCAGACAUCCCUUGUUCGGCCUGCUGGCCUUGCUGACUUUGGACCUUCAAGCGCCUCUUCUCCUUUGAGUUCCCCCUUGAGCAAGGGAAAUAAUGUUCCUGGGACUCCCAAGAACCUCCACAUGACCAGCAGCCUAGCCCCAGACUCUCUGGUCCGGAAGCAGGGCAAAGGCACCAACCCCUCUGGAGGACGGUAACCAUCUGGGCUCUCCGACUUCCUUCAACCAAACCAGGGCUAGAGUCCUGACCUGCCAGUGGUCUUUGGAUGGCUUGCCCCAUGCAGCAUCUUCCAUCCUGAGUCAGAAGUGGAAAUGUCCAGCAAGGGAAGGACAGGCAGGUGGAUGGUGUGAGCACUUUUAUCAUCUGUGUCUCAUCAGGAGCAUCUGGGGUGCCUAUAGGAGGAAGGCACAGGGCAGGGAUCAGCUGCACUGCAUCUCAAGUGAACUGCAUAGCCAAGUCUUAAACCUCUCACGGGGCAAGCCUGACAUAGACCCCCUUUAGAUGCUCAGGCACACUGUUUCCAUCCCCAUUCCACUCUUUGGCUCUGACACAUCCCUUGCAAAGUCUCCGCAGGUGCUGUGAAGAGCCUUCCAUGGUAGAGAUUUCUCUUACGAUUGUGAUUUCUCAUAGGGCUAGUAAGGGAGGAGAUUGUAUACCUGUUGUCCACAGUCUUCAGGCAGCAACCCAGGUCUCUGAACCCCAUUUGCCAGAGUGUCAUCAUUGAAGAGAGCAGUGACUGCGAGAGAUGGUGGAGGCUGCUAAGCAUGACAGAGGCUAGAGGAAGUGUAUCCACAGGCAGUUGUGUUCCCAGCAAUUCCUCCCCUGUCCUGCAUGGUUCACACCAAGAGAACCUUCAGAUCCUACCAGCAACAGUAGCACCUUCCACCCAGGGGACUCCCAGAAGCCAGUAAAGAGACCAGGAGCCACUUCAAUCAGCAGGACAGCCUCACCGCCCCUCUUGCAGACUCCCCUUUGCCCAUUCUGAAUGCACAGUCUCCCUGCUCAUGUCCUUCAGCCCCCUGCUUGGCUGUAUGCACUGUCUGUAUUGCACUGAGAGAGGAAGGGACAGCAGGAGUGAGGUGGAGAGGGCGGAGGGAGGGGGCAGGCUCGGCACCGGCCCUCCCAGCCCGGCCAGCGGGAGCUUGCUGCCCUCCAGCAGAGACAGAGGGGCAGUGUUUGCAUGGGAGGUGUUUCUGCCUGCCCCUGCCUGAUGCCCCUGGUGGAGUAGGUACCUCUGGGCGGGCAAGCCUCUAAUUUGCACACCUGAAAAUCACGGAAUUGAGUUUAGAUAGAUGAUUUUUAAAACUUUUUUUUGGAGUAGGGGGCAUAGGGGAAUCAUUUAAUUUAAAUCAUUAAGAUUCCCCUGCUCAAACCCAGACUCCUGUGUACAGAUGCUAUUUAGAGGGAAUCAGAAAAAUGCCAAGCCUUUUUUCUCUUUGAAUGUGCUGUCUAUUUUUAUAACUGAACUUGUACAUAUGUAUAAAGAGAGACACAUCUUCCUUUUACUAACUGGAUAAAAAAAAUCUUAAAUAAAAUGGAGUGAGAUAAUUUUAUGUAAA